CAAAUACUUUGUCUAAAUCUAAGAAUUUGUAAAAUGAAGGAAAAUUUCUAUUGAUCAUUCUUUAAUUAUAUAUACAGAAUUUUAUUCUCAAACGGUUUAGACUUAAACAAAGUAUUUGAGUUUAUACCUAAUCAUCCAAGAUGCAAAAUUCUCAUCAGAUGCCUCCUACCCUUUCCCCAUCAGAAGAAAUGUUGCUGAAUGUCGAGGGUGACUGGAACCAGGAACUGCAAUCCCCAACCUUUAAAGUAGAGCUGAUGACGAAGGUAUGCCAGAAUCUUCGCAACUAAUGGAGAUGCUCAUGCUAAUGAUGCAACAGCAGCCAAAGCCUAUUAAUCCCAAGCGGUCACACGCUUCAUUUCUCGAAAGCCUUGUCGCAGAACCACCUCCCAUUUCCCCUUCGAAGAGACCUCGAUAUUGUUCUGAAUCUGUAGAUAAUUUUGUUACACAUUGGCUUGAAUCUACUUCGGACGCUGCAUCAGCAUCACACCGGCGAACAUACUGUCGUUCGGACAGCUUUCUCGAUUCCUCAAACGUCGACUACAUACCGAGAAGACUUGCUAAAUCUAUAUCGAAUAUGCCAUAUACAGAAGAAGAUAUGAGUAGCUCCGUGCCUAAACGAGAAAAUGAUGGAUUUAUACUUCCACCAACACCGAGUUUAUACUCUAGUUCCAAUCCAGCUAGUGCUAGAAAUUCUGUAUCCAUGUCAACACCAGCAUCAAGUCGCAGGUCCUUGGUCGACGAUCCUUUCUAUCGAGUCAAUAACUUGUCCACCAAUCAUAUCUUCUUGCAAAACAGUUACCUAAGCAAUUUCCAGAACACGUCAACAGAUUAGUUGAUCAUUUACAAAGAGAUCGUGAUUCCCCUGGUCCAACACCUCAACAAAUUGAGGAAGAUGAAGAUUUGCAGCAGUUAGAUAUGGCAACGAGCGAAUCAGAUGUCGAAAAUCAUUUCAAGAACAACAUAUUCCCUUAUACCAAAGUAUCUGAUCCAUUAAUGCAUACUGAUAGAAAUCCAAUGUCUAAGCAUGCUAUUCCUAUUUCCUCCUCGAUAUACAAAAUCACCAAUCCGUGCCCUGAUAUGCUUUACGGUUAUAAACGAACUUCAGCAUUUCGCCAAGAACAGCAAAUAUAACUUAGUAAUCUGGGAAAUGAGAUAGCGGCCAACUCUCGUGAUCUCUUGUACCCCUUUUUAGCCAUUGAGUUUAAGGCUGAUGGUCCUGGGACGUCUGGUAGUUUGUGGGUGGCAACAAAUCAAUGUGUCGGAGCAUCCGCUUCAUGUAUCAACAUCGCCGAAAAACUUAACCAACAACUCAGGCAAUGUCAAAACGAGAACAUCACAUUGCUCGAUACUACAGCUUUCAGCAUCGCCAUGACCGGAACUGAAGCUCGUCUCUAUGUUUCCUGGAAACACAAUGAACUCGAAUACUACGUACAAAUGCUCAAUAGCUACUUACUCCCAAACCCUAAACACUAUACCGAGUUUCGAAAACAUAUUUUGAAUAUUAUUGAUUGGGGCAAGGACAAACGAUUGAAAGAGAUCCAAAGAUCGUUAGAUUUUCUUUUGGAGGAGAAUAGGAAGAGUGUCUCGGGGCAGCUGAAAUGUCGUACACCACCUUGACCUUCAUCGGACAGUCGCGAUUCUGGAUUUGGCAAUAAUGGACCUAAACAGCAAAAAUGACGUUCAACUUCAUUUUCUGGAACUCGUAGCCGCCGGGCUUCAAAGGGGAAUGAGAGGGAAACGCACAUACAGGAACGAGAGGGUGUACUCGAAGGGAGUGUAAAAUCACAAUCACGAUACUAGAUCUUAGAUCCGGUGUUCAAUCGCUACUAUCAUACUGAAGAAGGAGGGGC